CUUUAAAAUGCCCUCCACACUCAAACUCUUGUCCAAUCUCAUCGCAGCCUCCGUUGGUGAUAUUCAGGCUGCUUGCGAUGCUCGUGGUGUUCCCUUCCCAUCGCUUGACGAGGUCUUCUCUCAGGAGACGGAGGAGAUCCGCAAUCAGCCCGAAGUUCUCAAGGCUAUAGGCAUCUUAGUCGCUGCAGCCACGCAACUUAUUGCUACCGCUAGGGCCACUCCUACCUUCAUCGCAUCUGCGAGCAUGCAGUACAUGGUUACGGCUUGUCUUGGAGUAGUGAAUGAUGGUCAUGUUGCUGAAAUUCUCAGGGAAGCUGGCCCUCAAGGACUGCACGCGUCUGAUAUCGCCAAAAGGAGUGGAAUGAACGCCAGUCGAAUCAGCAAAGUCCUCAGGUUGCUUGCUACUAACCAUAUUUUCAGAGAGAUCACUCCUGAUGUGUUCACCAAUAACCGCACAUCUUCGUUGCUUGACACCAAUAAAGCAGUUGAUGAGUUGCUCGAAAACUCACUCGGAAAACACGAUGGCACUCCUGGAUAUGCUGCGUUCGUUGGCCAUCAGACUGACGAAUGUUUCAAGAUAGCUUCAGCUUUGUCAGAAACUUUGCGAGACCCUGUGUUUGGUCACUCAGACGAGCCCACACAAUGCGCUCUCACCAAAGCCAUGCAUAACAAUCUUCCAGCCUUUGAGUUUUUGGAGCUUCCUGAAAAUGCCCAUCGAUUGAGGCGGUUUGGUGUCGUCAUGGAUGCAUCAACCAAGUUGCAACCUGCCAAUGCUAUCCUGAACGGUUUCAAUUUUACUUCUCUCCCUGACAACUCUCUUGUCAUUGAUGUUGCUGGAGGAAUCGGAUCUGUGUCUCUGGUGCUUGCAAAAGCGUAUCCCAGACUGAACUUCUUGGUCGAGGAUAGGCCCAAAACGGUGUUUUGGAAAGCGAAUUUUCCAGAAGCACUGACUACGGGUCGUGUGAAAUUUGUUGCGCACGACAUAUUCUCCCCUCAGCCUGACGCCUACAAGAAUCCUGCUGUAUUCAUUUUGCGCAGCAUCCUGCAUGACUGGUCCGAUGCCUAUGCUACUAGGAUCCUAAAGCACUUGAGAAGCGCUGCAGGCCCAGAAACCAAACUUGUCGUUAUCGAUCACGUUCUCCCGUACUCUUGUCCAUCGGAUCUUGGUACAGAAGAAUCGGUCAAGGGUCUCAAUACUCCCUUGCCACCGGCGCCGUUGUUAGCUAAUAUGGGAGGUGCUGGUUCCUUGCAGUACAGCCUUGACAUCCUGAUGUUGAGCAUACAGAAUGGGCAAGAGCGCACUAGUUCCCAUUUCGUCACACUGCUAAAGAACACUGGAUGGGAGCUGAAGGAGAUCAAGCGAACAGAUGCCAUAGGAUCGUGGUACCCACACUUGAUUUCUACACCUAUCUGA